UUGAGAGAGGAGGGGAAGAUAGAGGAGAGAGAAAGAGACACUGCAGACCUGCUUCACCACUUGUGAAGUGACCCCCAUGCAGAUGAGGAGCAGGGGCUCGAACCAGGAUCCCUAUGUAGGUCCUGGCUCUUUGUACUAUGUACGCUUAACCUGGUGCACCAUAACCCACCUCUCCCCCCUCAAGAGAGAUAGACACCUGCAGACCUGCUUCACCUCUCAGGAAGCCUCCCCACUACAGGCAGGGAGUGAGGGUUCAGCCCUGGGUUCUUGACUUGGUAAGGUGUGUGCCUAACCAGCUGCACCACCUCCUAGCCUGCUUUCUUUUUAUUAUUAUUAUUAUUUUUGCAUAAUUUGAACAACUGCAUCAUGUCAGCGUUGGCCUUCACUGCAGCAUUGAUGACAUUUUCCUGCUUCUUCAUACACCAGGCAAUACUUCUCCUCGGGGGGGUGGGAGGAGGAACUGUCUUUUUUUUUUUUUUUUUCAAAGCAUUGAGUUGAUAUAUUUGACAUUUUAAAUUAUGAAAUACUCAUUCAACUGGAAGUUACCUGUGUGUAUAUCCUGAGACUAGAGAGCAAGCAGGAAGAAAUCCACAUAUCCUUGUCAACACACUUCUGAACAUGCACUGAAAACCCAAGGAUUCACUCAAAUCUACAGUGUCGACUCAACCACAGUCACCCCCAGGGGUGAAGUAGCUUUGAUCCUGGACACAGGGCUCUCUCUCUGGGGAAACAGAGCUGCUGGGCAAUGUGUUCUACCACUGCUCACUCCAAAGGCUUGUUGUGACCCUUCCAUCCUUCUCUUCCAGGAUGCGAAUUCCAGGCUGGAAGAAACCACAGAGCCCCCUGCAGCUCUUCUGUGGAGGAGAGUGGCCCAAAAGACAGGAACAUCCCAGUGAUGCCUCAUGGCCGCAUCCUGCUCUAUGGCCCUGGCAAAUUCCAGAAGAGGCGGAGAUGGCAGAAAAGGGAACUGAUCUUAUAUUCCAACGUGCUGCUCAUCUCCAACACAAAGUUCAAGAGUGACUUCAGAGUCAAGUACUGGGUGCCCCUGCUGGACAUGUGGGUGGCUCACAACUCGAGGAAUGGCGCGAGAGCCCGCACAUCGCUGGUCUUGGGCUGGGAUGACCGCAGCUUCGUGGUCUCUUUUCAUUCAGUCGACAAAAUGGAGCAAUGGUACAGUGAGCUUCAUAGGAACAUUCAGAAGGAGAUUUUGGAUGUCCAGAACACCCUCCGAAAGCACGUGGAAGACAUCAUUGAUGCGAAUUCCAGGCUGGAAGAAACCACAGAGCCCCCUGCAGGUUGCAAACAUCUGCAGGAGCAUGAAGUGGGCCAAAUGCCGGCCACUGAGGAGCUUCCACAGGAAGCACAGGAGUCCCCCAGCCUGGCGUGUGAAGACCAGCAGGGGAGAGGGGACCCCCUGGGUGCCUGUGUAUCCCUUGAGCCAGGUCUCUGCGCUGGGGGUGACUCUACCCGGUCCCUGGACAGCUCUGUUGACAGAGACAAGAACAAGAGUCUGUCGGUGGCUGUGGAGCAGAGGAGUGAGGACAGCACUGCCUUCCGUCACAUGGAAAGCACCAGGCAGUGCUCCAUGUCCAUUCAUCGGCACAGGGCUCCGGCACGGCCACCUGUACUGACCCAGACUGCCCCGGAGCCUGACACUGAGUUUCUGAUAGGCUGUGGGGACAGGGCCACCUACAAGGUGCCAGUCACCAACACUGCUCUGGCCCUUUCCAGGCCUCAUUAUCCCAUUAAUAGUGUCAUAUAUUGGCUCACAUUAGCACCUCGCUGA